AUGGCGGACACCGACGGGUAUUCGGAAGUGCAGCGUUUCUAUCAAGACGCAGUAAUUUUUAUUACAGGCGCCACUGGAUUUCUUGGGAAGGUUCUUGUGGAGAAAUUGCUGCGGUCGUGCCAAGGCAUCAAGAAAAUUUACUUGUUGAUCCGACGAAAAAACGAGUCAAAUUCACCAGAAAGGUUGGCACUCCUCUUGAAGUCAGAGUGCUUCGAGCGGUUGCAUCAAGAAUGUCCAGCUAGCUUGAACAAGCUGGCGGUCGUCGACGGCGACCUAGCAGAAGAAAACUUGGGCUUGAAUAUCGGCGACUACCAGCGCUUGGCUUCGGAGGUGUCUGUUGUCUUUCACUGCGCGGCAACUACCAGAUUAAAAAACACGUUAAGAAACGCCGUGAAGGUCAACGUAGAAGGCACCAAAAGCGUCCUUGAGCUCUGCCACCUUAUGAAGGGAAUGAAGGCCAUCGUCCACGUCUCGACAGUGUUCGUCAACUGCGAAGAAUACACAUUGGAAGAGCAAAUCUACCCAUCAACAGUAAAAGCCGAUGACAUCAUUUCGUUGGCAAGAUGCAUGCACCAGCAGCAGUUGGGACGCCAUCCACCGGUGUACAACUGCGCAAGUGGCACAAUCAACAAGCUUUCCUAUGACCAGGUGGAGAGUCUUACAAACAAGAUGUUACGCAAGCACCCGGCCAAGGCCAGGUUCGGCCGUCCAGGAUUGAAAUUGACAAAGAGUCGCUUCUACUAUGCAGUUACCGUGUUCGUCUUCAAUUAUCUGCCGGCACUGUUCUUUGACUUUGUCCUGAAAAUCACGGGACGGAAAGCGAGAGUAUACCUUUAA